AUGUUCGAAAACCUUGACAAUAAUGAUCGCUGUCCUGUCACAGCCUAUUUGGCCUAUAAGCAAUAUAGACAACCAGAAAUGAUGGCAGACAUCUCUCCGUUUUAUUUUGCUGUCAACACAGAGGUUCCGAAGGCAGGGAAGAAAUGGUUCAAGGCAGCUCCACUGGGAGAAAAUUCAUUUAGAUCUAUGGUGAAAAACAUAUUAGCGGCCUCCCAAGUUCAUUCAAACACUGAGAAAUUGGUCAACCACAGCACAAGAAAGCAUCUAGUCCAGAAACUUGUGGAUAAUAAUAUUCCACCGAACGAACUGGACACAAAAACGUCAAUUCACUGA